AUGGUUAGAAGGGGUAGUGUUAUAGAGCGGACCUAUAUGGUUAGAAGGGGUAGUGUUAUAGAGCGGACCUAUAUGGUUAGAAGGGGUAGUGUUAUAGAGCGGACCUAUAUGGUUAGAAGGGGUAAUGUUAUAGAGCGGACCUAUAUGGUUAGAAGGGGUAGUGUUACAGAGCGAACCUAUUUGGUUGGAAAGGGUAGUGUUACAGAGCGAACCUAUUUGGUUGGAAAGGGUAGUGUUACAGAGCGAACCUAUAUGGUUGGAAAGGAUAGUGUUACAGAGCGAACCUAUUUGGUUGGAAAGGGUAGUGUUACAGAGCGAACCUAUAUGGUUGGAAAGGAUAGUGUUACAGAGCGAACCUAUUUGGUUGGAAAGGGUAGUGUUACAGAGCGGACCUAUAUGGUUAGAAGGGGUAGUGUUACAGAGCGAACCUAUUUGGUUGGAAAGGGUAGUGUUACAGAGCGAACCUAUUUGGUUGGAAAGGGUAGUGUUACAGAGCGAACCUAUAUGGUUGGAAAGGGUAGUGUUACAGAGCGAACCUAUAUGGUUGGAAAGGAUAGUGCUACAGAGCGAACCUAUUUGGUUGGAAAGGGUAGUGUUACAGAGCGGACCUAUAUGGUUAGAAGGGGUAGUGUUACAGAGCGAACCUAUUUGGUUGGAAAAGGUAGUGUUACAGAGCGAACCUAUUUGGUUGGAAAGGGUAGUGUUACAGAGCGAACCUAUAUGGUUGGAAAGGAUAGUGUUACAGAGCGAACCUAUUUGGUUGGAAAGGGUAGUGUUACAGAGCGAACCUAUAUGGUUGGAAAGGAUAGUGUUACAGAGCGAACCUAUUUGGUUGGAAAGGGUAGUGUUACAGAGCGGACCUAUAUGGUUAGAAGGGGUAGUGUUACAGAGCGAACCUAUUUGGUUGGAAAGGGUAGUGUUACAGAGCGAACCUAUUUGGUUGGAAAGGGUAGUGUUACAGAGCGAACCUAUAUGGUUGGAAAGGAUAGUGUUACAGAGCGAACCUAUUUGGUUGGAAAGGGUAGUGUUACAGAGCGAACCUAUAUGGUUGGAAAGGAUAGUGUUACAGAGCGAACCUAUUUGGUUGGAAAGGGUAGUGUUACAGAGCGAACCUAUAUGGUUGGAAAGGAUAGUGUUACAGAGCGAACCUAUUUGGUUGGAAAGGGUAGUGUUACAGAGCGAACCUAUAUGGUUGGAAAGGAUAGUGUUAUAGAGCGAACCUAUAUGGUUGGAAAGGAUAGUGUUAUAGAGCGAACCUAUAUGGUUGGAAAGGAUAGUGUUAUAGAGCGAACCUAUAUGGUUGGAAAGGGUAGUGUUAUAGAGCGAACCUAUUUGGUUGGAAAGGAUAGUGUUAUAGAGCGAACCUAUUUGGUUGGAAAGGGUAGUGUUACAGAGCGAACCUAUAUGGUUGGAAAGGAUAGUGUUAUAGAGCGAACCUAUAUGGUUGGAAGGGAUAGUGUUAUAGAGAGGGCCUAUAUGGUUGGAAAGGGUAAUGUUAUAGAGCGAACCUAUUUGGUUGGAUGGGGUAAUGUUAUAGAGCGGGCCUAUAUGGUUGGAUGGGUAGAGAGGGCCUAUAUGGUUGGAUGGGGUAAUGUUAUAGAGAGGGCCUAUAUGGUUGGAUGGGGUAAUGUUAUAGAGAGGGCCUAUAUGGUUGGAUUGGGUAAUGUUAUAGAGCGGACCUAUAUGGUUGGAAGGGGUAAUGGCUGUAAGAAGUAAACAAAGACCAGCCCAAAACCAUCACAGAGGCCUAUCCUAUAUUUCUAAAGAACUGACAAGCAGAAGUUUAGCCAGAUAGUGGUCCAGAAAAGACUGUUUGUUAAGGCGGAGAGUUGGGGAGGGAGGGAAAAGGAAUACUUGAAAUUACAGGCUCAGUCCAAGUUAUAAAGGAAGGGGGGGUCGAAGGCACAAUAAACAUUAUAUAGCCUGGAACCAAAUCAACGGGCGUUGCCGGUGCGUUAUGCUUUAAAUACGCGAAAAUGAUCACGAGAUUUCUUAAACUGUCGUACGGAUCCGCAUGAAAUUUCGUACACAGGUUCCUAUUACCUCCUAGGCUAAGAACCGAUUUUUACACAUUCGAAACUUGACGACUUCUAUUCGCGAAAAACUGCAAUCUCUAUCAAACUUUUGUAUUUUAUAUUCAGUAUAUCCCCAAAAGCCCAUUCUACAUCUAAAGCAAUUAAAAAUGUAUUACACUAAUUCCGUAUUUAAAUAUUUUUGUUCUGCUUUCCAAAGUCUUCUUUACUUUUAAUAUGCCCUACGUCAUUUUCUCUUCUUUUUUAGACGCGAUCAAAAUAACAAAAAAAAAAGUAAUUCUAAUAGAAUAAAAAAUAUAGGUCUUGAUUCUUUUUUUUAUGAUUAAAUAAUGCAGAUACAAUGUUUAAAACUAACCAUAGAUCCUAUAAACAGAUUCAAAAUGUGGUGAUCAAUCGGAGGAUCCCUUUAGACGCCGACUAAAUAAAAAACAAGAACCUAUUAGCACUACAAAGUUAAAUCUAGAUUUUUUGUCAGGUCGCUAGUUUCUAGUAAGGUCAUCAAAUAAACGAUUACAUUAAAGAAAACCAAAUUAAUAUUUCUUUUUAUUUAAAGAACAAAAUACCAAAAUAAAAUACCGAAAUAAAUGCGAAAAAGGGAACGGGAUUGUGGAAUGCGACACGUGUACAUAGUACCACUGAGAAAUACAUUUCUUCGUUUUCUAGGCCUGAAACUGAUGGUAUGUAUGCGGUAUAAUACCGUACAUUGCUUGCUUCUAACAUUAAAGAUUGCAAAAAAAAAAAAUAGUCAUAAAAUGUACCAAGGACUAACUCUUUGUUAGUCGAAUAAGUAAAAGUGAUAAUAGAAUUAACGAGCCCAAAAUAUGAGAUCGUUUGUGUGUCGGGGGUGCAUUAUUAUAAACUAAUUGACGGGCUAAAAUGUUUCUUAGGUUGAUCGUUUAAUUAAACGAAUAAAAAGAAACAAAGUGGGUGUUUCGGUCAUAAUAAACAAUUCAAGCUGGCCUAGCGGGAGUGUACUGCUAGUACUAAUAUAGUUGUAUAGCAAUUAAAAUUUAUGAAAAUCUGGAAUAGCCAAUAGAUUUAGAUAAUGUAUAGGUGUCUUGGUAAUGUGUCUUGAUAAUGUGUUUUAGUAAUGAAUACAUUUCCUCAAUGUGCUCGUAAAAUAAAUUAUACGUAAGAGCUAUUGAAAUAUAACUUGAAUGUCUAGAAAUAUAUACAGAGAUAGUAUACGAUUUCUCUGUGCAUGCCUAUAUAUUAGUUUUGUAAAUAUAAACAAUGUAUUAUGUUUUUGAAUUCUAUUUCUCCUAUACUGUUUUUAUUUUUGUAAUUGGUAGCUACGCUUUUAAGAAUUGAUACUUUUUUUAACGACUUUUUAUAGUUCCCAUGAAACCAUGAACUGAGAAAUAUUGAACCUCAGUGCUGACUAAAAAUGUUGAAUUAUGGGAUUUGUGGCCUAGCCUAAAUAUUUUGGUCUAAUGAUGCAAGCAUGAAUUGUACAACUUUAUAUUAUACUUCUAUAUUGUUGCUUGAUUGUAGUUAGUCAUGUACAAUGUAAACGUGAAAUGUAUAUGAGUAUAUUUAAUUAUUCUUCUUCUCUCCUACUUUAUAUGAACAAGUAGUUUCAAAGUCAGUUGUGUUGUGUUUUCACACUUAGUGUCAGAAGCAGGGGCAGACUGGCUGUAUUGGCAUUUGGGCAAAGACCCGAUGAGCUGGAACUCAGAUGGGCAGAUGGGCUGACUUUGAAAGAGUCACUUGAAUUGAAGUAUGUCCCGAAAUAAGUCAAAAGAUUAAAUAAAAUUCACUUAUUGAAUGGGCUCGUAGAACGGCAUGACUGGAGCUUCCAUUACCAUUUAAAGAAGAUCUUUUACAGCCUUAACAGUGUAAUACUAGGCGAACACAUUUUCCGUUUUAAUAGUCAUUAUUCAAUCUUUAUGCGGUGAUUAUACGGUGACUUUGUACGGUGACUUUGAAUGGUGAUUUAUUAUGACAACUUUCAAUUGUGACUUAGAAUGGGGUGACUUUGAAUGGUGACUUUCAGUGAUGCCUAAAUAUUGACUUUGAAUGGUAAGCAAGGGUCAUGCAAGUAGUCCCCUGACCCUCUGUUAAAGUACUUUCUAUUGAUGUAAGUAUAAGGCCCAAUAUAAAGCACCCUCACAGUUAUACCAAAGUUGGGGAGGAAGAAAGCCCAUACAUUGCUCGCUUGGAGGGUAACUACAACAUCAGGUGGUAAGAAAUAAGAGUUGAUUGUGUUUGAACCUCUACCGCUUGGACACCACUGUUGAGCUGUAAGUGGGGAAACAAGGAUUACGAAUUAGGGUGGGAGGGGGUGAUUGAAUGAUUUCUUGCAAACAAUAUUGUUUAACUUAUCUGUAUUCCAUAGGAAGAGAUAAAAAAAAUGUGGUGUGUUGGGGAAAAAAACAGGGGGGGGGGGCUGGUAGUCAACAAUAACACUAGGGCAAAAGAUUUGGUGUAGACAAAAUUAUUGUUAUGUUUUUAAUAGGGUUAGGGAAAAUAAAUAAAUAAAAUAAAAUAAAUAUAUUCAAGUAAUUAGGACAAAUGAAAUGCAAAUGUGAAUAACAAAGUGGCAAAUACUUGCUGCAUCGUCUGACACAUGCCAGGUAGCAAUUAAUUAAUUACACUACAGAUUAAUCCGUACACAGCAUCAGAGUGACAAAGUCUCAUGUUAAAACAAACUCGUUCUAGCUGGUAUAUUUAGUUUUAGAACCUUACGAGAUUACUGGGGCACGAAGAUUACUUUCAAAAUGUGGCGCUCUAGUUUCGAUGUUAGCUGUGGGUCUACCAAUGUUGCUCUGUUUAAAGCAACGUCUAGUAACAUCUUGAUCUCCAGUCAAAUAAAAGUAUUUUUACAAUG